ACGGAGGGUGGAGGGGGGAGCGAAGGGUGAGGCAGCACUCGGCCAUCAUCGGCGGAGGCGCGCACAGUUCAGUGACCUGCCUUGGCGUCGGUGGGGCAGCGGCCUGAGGGGCAGCGGGGAGUUCUGACAUAUUGUGAGAUGCCAGCCCGCUCUACGCCGGUCCCCGAAAAACACCUCCAUCUCUCUCUGUUUCUCUCUCUCUCUCUCGCUCUCGCUCUCGCUCUCUCUCUCUCUCGCUCUCUGUCCUCUCUUGCACGCGUACGUACAAGAAGACACGCAUACUCUCGCUCGAAGCUCGUCGAACCCCGAAAUAUAUUCACGCGGCAGUCGUGGACUUUCCGCGAGUUUUUCCGGCCGUAGAAUACACGAAGAAAGAACGUUUCCUUGAUAGUGUCUAAUAUACUAAUAUACAUACUACGUACAUAAUAUAUCGUACAUCGCGCGAGUGCACGCGCCAACCUCUCGAAAUUUUUCGCGGAGAAAGGAAUCGUGUCGCGAGUGUGUCGUCGUCGUCGUCGUGUCGUCGUCGUCGUCGUCGUCGUCGUAGUCGCCAACGUUCGUGCCUUUCUAUUUAUCUUUCUUCCGUCUCUCGCAUUGCCCUUUCUCCAUACGCGAUCAAGUCGCACACACCUCCUUGUCUCUUUCUUCUUAUUCUUCCUUCUUCUUCUCAUCGUAUCAAUCGAAAGAGAACAUCGAAGGGACAAACUCGCGAGUUAGCCGGAAGAGAGCGUCGAGUGCGCGCAUGUUGGUGUUUACGUGCGAGGAGUGCCGACAAAAAAAAACAAAAGAAAACGAACAAAUUUGACUUUGGAAAGGCUCCAGAUUGAAAAACUCGUGCGUUACUAUUCGUUAGUGAUAUUAGUGGUCGCGCGCGCGCGCGUGUAUUUUCUUGAUCGCGCGCUGUAUCGGCGCUUGCGCGACACGCGCGACCGCUCGUGGCGGUCGAGCUAUCGGAAACAAGUCGACUGUGUGUGUUUCGACUCUUUCUCGUUGACUCGAACGCCCGAGAUCGCGUUUAUAAUCCGGCCAAACUUUUUCUUUCAAGUUUCUACUUCUUCCAAAAUUGCGUAAUCUUAUCUAUUUCUCUUCUCUUUUUCAUAAAACUGAUAAGUGCCUGAAUAGUUAUAUCUAUAUACACACAUAUUUCCAUAUAUACACUUAUAUUUCUGUAUAUAUAUAUAUAUAUAUAUAUACACACACACACACAUAUAUAUAUAUAUGAAAUUGGACAUUUUCUUCGAAGAACAUGGCGAAGAACGAACAUAACCUCCUACCAUCGUCUUCGACUAUGACAAUAUAAACCGGUAUUUCACCGUGCGCGAUCUCUCCGAGAUCUCCAGCUUCUCCUACGAGCGGAUAUAUCUCUUGGUUGUCGUCGUCCAGUGUCGUCGUUACUCCAAAGUACCUUCUUAGAUCGUCCUACGCCGUUACGAAGUAUCGCUCUGUUUCUAUCUUUUUUCGAGCUUGAACGAAGAUAGCGUCCUCGUUGUUCUCAAAGUCUUUUUGCUCUCCACCCCGCCCCCACCCUCCCCACCUCUCUCUGUCUUUCUAAAAAAUAUAAGUGACUACUACUAUCCAAGCACGUGCUCUAGCGAUAGUCCACGCUCGUUUAACGAUCAUCUCUGCUAUCUCCUGGUCCAUCUGCUCGAGUACACGGUGAAACGUAAGGAACGAUUCCAACGUUGGCAAUGGCUCGUAGCCGACCGUAGUCAUACUUAGACGAUAGAGACGAAGAAGAAACGAGAAGGAAAAGCUAAGAGAUAAAUCUUUCGUUUUGAUUUCGGGAGUUCCGGGUGUAUAGUAGCCGGCGCGUUGCACUCUCUAGCCGGGGCAAGGCAUGACGCACGUCGAAGAUGCGAGCGUGCCGGGUGACUGUACUCUGGGUUCAUCGUUCUCGGUUAUGUAAUGUUCGACCGUAUGGUGCAAGCGCCUCGACGCUACUCGUGGCGCUAGAGUUGUCGGACUCGCGCGAGAGGGAACGAGAGAGAAAAACAGAUAGAGGGAGAGAGAGAGAGAGAGAGGCAGGCAACGCGAUAUAGGAGAGACAUAGGGCACACCGAAUCUCUUCGUCGCUUCCGUGCAUCUCUUUCCACGUAUAUACCUAACGUAUUAAACGCGUGAAUGUACGCUUGUGCGCACGUCCGUACGGUGCGUGUGCGUGUGCGUGACGUCGCUUCCCCCCUCCCCCCUCUCUUCUUGCAUCGGCUUAAUGCACUCAUAUAACGAUAUUGAGCCAAGCAGCAUCACGACGAAGCUCCGAACGAAAAUAGAGAUCGGCGAGGAACAUUGCUGCAGCCAACGCAUUAUUUUUUUCCCUCCCAUCGACUUUUCAUUCUUCUACGUCUUUUCGUCUCUCCAGCUAGCGCUCUCUCUCUCUCUCUCUCUCUCUCUCUCUCUCUCUCUCUGUCUCUCUGUUGUUCUAUCUAUCGUUAGAUAUAGUGGCAAGAGUGGUCCGUGAUGGUGUAAAACGUAGGAUCGAUUGAAUGUCAACGUCGAGUUCAAAUUCCGAGGUCCUCGAAAGGGCCAACGUCUAGACGUAUAUUCCCGUGGUAUCGUGCAACGAGUUCAAAGUCGAACUCGCUUAACGCGAACGUCGAGGAAAGAGAAACAUCGGCGAGAAGAAAAAAAGAGAUCGCGCGCGCGCAUAAUCCUCCGAUGAUCACGGAGGCGCUAGGACGCAAGACGUUGUCGAGGAAGAACAAUGACGAGGCAGAGCUCAUUGCCAGAUGACGAGUCGUAAAUGAUAGAGGAGAGGACGAUCAUUUUUGUCAAUGGAGGGAAGUCUUUCGGUAUUCGGUGGAUCGACUUGGGGCGCGGACAGUACAAGCCCGCAGCCACGGGAAGAUACCAGACAGAGAACUGGCCCGACUCAACCUACGAGCCCUGCGAAUAAUACCGCGGACGAUCGUAAACUGCACGUUAAUUCGAUACGAGCCCAGAUCGAGAUAAUCCCGUGCAAGGUGUGCGGCGACAAGAGCAGCGGCGUUCAUUACGGUGUAAUCACCUGCGAGGGUUGCAAAGGUUUCUUCAGGCGGUCCCAAUCGUCCGUCGUCAACUACCAAUGUCCGCGGAACAAAAACUGCGUGGUCGACCGUGUAAACAGAAACCGGUGCCAGUAUUGCCGUUUGCAAAAGUGCCUACGCCUCGGCAUGUCCAGAGAUGCCGUUAAAUUCGGGCGUAUGUCAAAGAAGCAGCGGGAGAAGGUCGAGGAUGAGGUCAGGUUUCAUAGGGCACAAAUGAGAGCGGCCUCUGAAACGGCUCCCGAUAGCAGUGUGUUCGAGCAUCAAACGCCCAGCAGUUCGGAUCAGCACCACCCUUACAACGGCGGGUACCCGUACGGUGGGAGCGAGUACGCUUCGCCCGGACCCGGUACGGGUGGUUCCGGUUAUUACAAUCAUCAAGCGAUGACGAAUUACGAGCUGAGCGCCGAUUACGUCGACAGUACGACGGCCUACGACCCUAGGCCGACGCAGACGCAAGUGGCGGACACCGUCGCACCAGACACACCCUCCGCGGUUACGGCAACCGGAGUACUUCCCAGUGUGGUCACCACCGGAAAGUCGCUGUCUGCCUCGACAACCGGAAGCAGCACAGGCGGUGGCAGCAGUGCUGGUGGAGGCAGCGGCAGUAGCGGCGGCGGCAGCGGCGGAGGAGGAGGAGGAGGAGGCGGAGGAGGAGGAGGAGGAGGCAGCAGCGGCGGUGGGGGUGGGGGUGGAGGUGGUAACGGUGGUAGCAACGCUGGUAGUGCCGGUAGUGGUGGUGGUGCUGGUGGUGGUGGUGGUGCUGGUAGUGGUAGUAACGGAGGAGGUGCCGGCGGCACUGCUGCUGCCGGUGGAACGGUUGGUAGCGCUGGAGGUGGUGGUAACGGUGGUGGUAGUGGUGGUGGUGGUGGCGGUGGUGGUGGUGGUGGUGGCGGUGGCGGUGGUGGCAGCGGCGGUGGUGGCGGUAGUGGUGGUUCGCUGAGCGGGGGUGGAAUCGUUGCUGUCAAGCAAGAAACUACCGUCGAACUCGCCAGCUUGGGACACGGCUCGUACACGAUGGUCGACUCGACGACCUUUCUGAGUGGUCAGCAACAAAGGGUCAGCAAUCCAUCCGAGGACGACGAAGUGCCGAGUCUGCCCAGUAUGUCCCAUGCGAGAUAUCCAGCACAGAUCAGUGAGCUCCUCUCGAAGACGAUAGCGGACGCACACGCGAGAACGUGCCUGGUGUCGACGGAACAAAUACAGGAGUCAUUCCGGAAGCCCCACGACCUCUCCAGAUUGCUCUACUACAAGAACAUGGCGCACGAGCAACUUUGGCUCGAAUGUGCUCAAAAGUUAACCACUGUUAUCCAGCAGAUCAUCGAGUUCGCUAAAAUGGUCCCUGGAUUUAUGAAGCUCUCGCAGGAUGACCAAAUUGUUCUACUCAAGGCCGGUUCCUUCGAGUUGGCUGUGCUACGAAUGAGCAGGUACCUCGAUCUCCAGCAAAAUUGCGUCCUCUACGGCGACACUAUGUUGCCUCAGGAUGCAUUUUACACGACGGAUACGGCGGAAAUGAAGCUGGUUUCCUGCGUGUUCGAGCUGGCUAGAAGCGUUGCCGAAUUGAAGCUAACCGAAACGGAGUUGGCGCUUUAUAGCGCUGCGGUAUUACUCAGUCCCGAUCGGCCGGGACUGAAGGGAUUGGCGGAGAUCACGAGGCUUUCGCAGGCGGUGAUACGGGCACUGAGGUCGGAGCUGGACCGGAAUCACGUGUCACCGAUAAAAGGCGACGUCACCGUGUGCGACGCGAUCCUCGCGAAGAUUCCGCAACUGCGGGAGAUCUCGCUCUUACACAUGGACGCCCUGGCGAAGUUCAAACGGUCGCAGCCGCACCUCGAGUUUCCGGCCCUUCACAAAGAGCUUUUCAGCGUCGACAGCUGAACGAUCGACGCGACGCAGGGCGUCCCGACGCUGACAAACAAAGCGGAACGCGAAUAGCGCGGGGCCUUGCUCUGUCGAGGUGAGUUCCGAGACAGAGAGAGACAGACAGACAGAGAGAGAGAGAGAGAGAGAGAGAGAGAGAGAGAGAGAGAGAGAGAGAGAGAGAGAGAGGUAGAGAGAGAGAAAAGGUAACAAAUAAAAAUAUUAAGAGAGUUAUAUACUCUGUGCGAGUAAAGAAAAGCUAAGAAAAAUCUAUACGGAAUUGAAAUAGGAAACGUUCUCUCUCGAGGAAGACUACCGAGACGAUCUUCUUUGAGUAACGAUCUGAUAUCGUCCCUUUCGAUAUCACGAUCGAUACCUGGCGCGAUCUGUAUGAGAUAAAAAGAAAAAAGAGAGAAGCGUAUAUAGAAAGAAACGGCCGUCGUGGUGGGAAGCGGAACGCGUACGGUAGAUGGUUCCACGAAUCCACUCCUGUAAUUUCUUCAUCUUUUCGAAUUCGCGACGGUGCAACACGUUACAUGUAUAAUAAUUUAUAAAUGCUUUUGCAUCAAUUUUACCCUAGAAUUAAGAUGGAAGGAACAUACUUUUCCUCUCCUCUUUUUAUUUUAUCUUUUUUUCUUUUUUUUUUUUUUUUUUUUCGUUUAUGGUUUCUUUUUCAACGAAGAAACUCUCGGUGUCUGACUCGGAUCGGGUACCAUCUACUUCUCGGCUCGUCCGCCCCUCCGUUGCCUCUCGCGCGGCACGUUUAUUAUAUUCUACGACGUCCUUCGGCUAGAAAUUGUAUAACGCGUCAGCGACACGCAUAAACGAUUCCGGUUUUUUCGUUUCACCAACCGUGCAGUUCGAUAUACCGCGGUGCUAAACGACAGGGAGCAAAAUAGAGAGGGGGGAGAAAAGAAAGAAGAGAGAGAGAGAGAAAGAGAGAGAGAGAGAGAGAAUGAAAGAUAUAUAUACAUAGGUAAAAAAGCAAAGAGAAAGAAAACAAAUGAGAGAGAGAGAGAUACAGGCGUUUAACGAAUUCUUCCUUUCCUUUCUGUUGCAGAUAAUUUCCUUCGUAAAGAACGUAUUGGGCCUUAAAUAAACAUAACAUUGUUAUAUAUAAAGUAUACAUAAAAAAGCAACAUAAAGUAUAUAUAAAAGAUAUAUAGAAGUAUAUAUAUAUGUAUAUACACACACACAUAUAUAUAUAUAUAUAUACAAAUAUAAAAAAAAAAAAAUAUAUAUAUAUAUAUAUAUAUAGAGAGAGAGAGAGAGAGAGAGAGAGAGAAAAUCGAGCGUGAGAGUGUGCAAAAGUGUGACAGCGAACGGAACAAAAUGUAAGAGAACGUGAGAGAGUGAGAAUGAUAAAAAGAACAAAAUAUCGAACGAGAGCGUAAAGUGAGAUAUCGGUUGUUACGAUACAUACAUAAAGUAUAUAUUGUAUUAACUAACAAAAAAAAAAAAAUAAAAUAAAAUAAUCUGGUUGAGUCCACCAGGAUAGCCUUAGGACGAGCAUCGUUAACUCGAGGACUGCCGUAAACGUAAACAUUUUGACCGAGUCGCUAUCUCGACGUAGACACCGAAAUAUAUGUAAAUGCAGGCGAUAUAAAUGAAAAGAAAAAAAAAAAAAAAGAAAAAAGAAAAAAAAAUGAACAUAUACACACAUGAAGUGAGAAAGACUGCAAGAUUGAACUAGAGAGAGAUGGAGGAGAAACAAGAGAAAUCCAUUUGAUCGAAACGACAAAGACAACUAGAGUAACGUCGAAGCCGAGAGGGUCGAGUCGAGCGUAUCGAUUAGAAGCAACGAUCUCCCCUUUUUGUUAUCACGAAAAUGAAACUCGAGACUAAAAGUUAAAAAGGAAAAAAAAAACCGAAAAAGCUACGAAAAAGGAAAGAAAAAAAAAAAAAAAAGAAAAUAUUACAUAUAUACAUAUAAUAUAUAUGCAUGGCCGAUGGUCACGUUCGACCGAUCCUCCGACCUCUUCCAUUACACACCUUUCAGUAGUGAUUCGUUAGUCCUGAGCUACUCUAUGAAUAAAAUACAUUAUAAUUACAUAAAUAUGCAUACAUACAUAUAUAAUAAAAGUAAAAAUAAAAAAAAAAAAAAAAUAAAAAAAAAUAUAAAAAAGUAUAUUUUGGCGGCACGGUCAAAAUUCGUCAAUCCUCGAGCCCUCGGAGCGGGGAUUAAAAAUACGUUUAGAUAAUUUUGUCCUGGGACUAGCCUGGACGGUCACAGAAUGCGAACACACAUACACGUACACGUACAGAAACACAAACAGAACAUGCACAGAGAAGGCACAUACACGUAAAAAAACACAGACCCAUACAAAAAGGGACAGUAUACAUACAUAUAUACAUACACGAAGUGCAUACAUACAUACAGGACAAGACGCUCGACAGAGACAAGAGAAAAAGAAGAAGAAAUAUAAACAAAUAGAUACUGGAUAAAAAAAAAAAAAAAGACGGUCACACAGAGAUAGGACACACGCCUGCGCGAGCGCGUAGAGAUAGUUAAUCGAGUACACAUUAUGUGCGCAUUAACGUUUUGGUACCGUAAAGCACUGUCUAACGCGCCUCUCUUUAUACGUAACACACGUAUUUCUUAAAUACUUUAAAAAUAAAUAAUCCAAUACCGCGGUGAAGCCUCUCGAAGCGAUUUUUACGCACUGUUAUCGGCUCUCCUUGCUCGUCGUUGCCCGAUCGUUGUCACGUAAGCGAUCGCACGCACGAUUGUUACUACUUACACGAUUAAAUUUGUUGCUUCUUCAUUAACAACAACAACAACAACAACAACAUCGAUCGCUCUCUUGCUUUCUAAUUAUACAGUCGCGUCCAUUUCUCUCCCUCGCUCCCCCAAGAGAAUGGACGUAUCCAAUUUUUGACGAUAACGUAGCCGAUCGUAGCGUGAUCGUAGAUCAUAGUGACAAAAGCAAAAUUUGGAUGCGUUACAGGCUCUAGCAAUUACGGUUCGUACCUAUCGACAUCCUCAUUACGCAAGAAAAGAAAAAAGAAAAGAAAAAAUAGGAAGAAACCAAAAUAAUCGCAUAAGAGAUAAUUUUUGAAUCUCGACGAUCGCACAACGACGCGAAGAGGAGAGCGAUGGCGAACCCGUGACGGUGCGCCGACUGACACGUUUCCGGACGGUUAAAUAUAACUUAUAGAACGAAAUUAAGGGAUGCAUAAUUAUUCUGCCGAUUAACGAGUAAGUGCGUAGAAUUUAUUUAAUUGUAGAUAAAGGGAGAAAAAAAAAAGAGAAAACGAACGAACACGUACAUACACAGAAUCACGUACGCGCGAGUGCAAAUAUACAUCUUAUCCAUGAUCGUUCACGACCUACCUAGACACAAGACACACAUGCACACUUCCACGUCCACCGUCACCCACCGCCACCACCAUCACCACUACCACUACCGUACACAUACACGUUUACUUACCCUCCCACAGAGAGAACGAGAAUGCGUGAGAGUGAAUGAAUAAGAGAAAGAGAGAGAGAAAGGAAGAUACGAAUGUGUGAGAGAAAGAAAUCUAAAAAGUAUGAGAGACAAACGGAAAGCGAGAGACACGUACACGAAAAAAAAAAAAAAAUAAAUAAAUAAAUAAAUAAAUAAAUAAAUAAACAGAGAAUAAGGCGCAACACGUACACGCGCACGCACGUUGCAAUUAGACGUUAUUAUCGCAAUUUGGAGUUAAAUUUUAUAAUAUAUAAUAUAUAAAAAUAUAUAUAUAUAAUAAAUAAAAGUUGACGGAUAAUAUAAAGUUAUAUAUAUAAUGUCUAAACGAAAGGAGAUCGUAUCUAUUUGAGGGUGACGUAAGAUGUGCGCCGUUUCAAUGAUUCUGCUUUUAACCCUUUUGUACGUUAUACAUACACACAUGCACACACAACCACACACAAUGUCAUAAACACCUACGAAAGCGCGCGCACUACUUAUAUCGAUUUUUAAACGAGAGAGAGAGAGAGAGAGAGAGAGAGAGAGAGAGAGAGAGAGAGAGAGGGAGGGAGAGAGCAUCACAGUUUUCGAUGUGAGAUACGUGCGUCGCUGAUCUGAAGACUGUCCCGUUCACUAUACGAUUUGUUUUGAAACGCUUUUUAAUGGAGUAAGAUCUGUAGAAUAAUAUAAUUUUGAGAUCGUUCAAACCAAUUUUAAUUUUUCAUUGACAAUAUCUCGUUACUUCUCUACGUUCUUUUUUUUUCGUUCGUUAAAGAGAGUCUAACGAAAUGAUUGAUAUAUCCGGUUUUUUUGACAUAUCGAAUCCGAAAUCUUCAGAUUAUCUGCAGCAGAAUCCUUAGACACUCUUGCGUUGAGUCUUUCAAACAAGCUCCACCUACACUCGCAUCUUUUUUGUAUGUCUAUAUCGUAUAAAAUAAUAAUGCGUUUCAUUCGCGAUUCGAUUAAAAUUUCCUUUUUUUUUUCUUUUUGUUCCUUUUGUUUCUUUUUUUUUUUUUUUUUUUUUUUUUUUUUUUUUUUUUUUUUUUAUAUGCAUAUAUGUCCAUAACGCAUUGCAGGAUGUUCUGAGAAGAAACACAAGAAAAACUCCAAGACACACGAUGUUAUAGCACUCGAUAUACGAUCAACGUCCACCAAGUAUAUCCCUGUUAAUGAAUGUAAAUGUCUUUUAAAGAGAAAAAAAAAAGAAAAGAUAAAGAAAAAGGUGGGUAAUCUCUUCAGCUUCGGAGCUUCACAACACGAUAUAUCGACGAUGAUAAGUGUUACAAUCGCUUGGCUUCAGAUGUUGCAAGUAAUAGCGCCGCUUGUAUCGAAUGUUCUCACUAAAAUAACUUAAUAUUCCUAUACCACAUCCAUUAGAUAUAUUUCGUGUAAAUAUCAGGCACCCCGGAUACACGGACCGACAAACUCGAUGGAUGGAUAUUAAUCAUGGAAUAUCGAAGUGCUGAAUUUAGUAAAUUUACAAAUCGAAUAACGUAACAUAAAAGAAAAAAGAAAAUACUAUCCUCAGGACAUCCUGCCGUUCUACGCAUAUUCCGAAAAAAUAUACGUAGCAAGAUGUACGUGAUAAAAUCCUUUUAAUCUCAACAAAAUCAUCUCGUACAUCGUAUUAUUAUCGUUGCAUAAUCUUCGGCCCCUCAAAAAGCGACGAUCGGCCUUGCGUUCGCCUCGAAGUUAAUACAACACAAAAAAGUAAUAAAAAAAAAAAAAAAAAAAAAAAGUAAUGAGUCUAUUUUGCGCGUAAACUUUAAGACUGCGGAUAUAUGAUGCACUGUGUGAGAGCCGGUCUUUCGACAAAAUUUCUACUCGUUCGACUUCGUUGCGGAUAUAUCUAUCUAAUAUACGAAAUAAAUAAAAAUCCUAGCGAAUAAAGAAAAAAAAAGCUAGACGAAGGGAGAAAGAAAUCUCACCAGGAUCCGCGAGGAUCAUAAUCGUUAGUAGCGGAAGAAACGGAAGACAGCAUAUUAUUAUAACGACGAUACGAUCAGCUUAGAUCUUCUUAGACGAUUCUACGCGAAAAGACGCAGUGAUCAAAUACACCCACGAUUAUAGUCACAGGAAAGGACACAUAGAAACGGAAGCUCAUUCUCUAAACGAUUCGGAGAGACUGCAACGUGACCGGCACUCCAUCCUAGGAUUAUCCCUCGAAAUUAACGUCGAAGAGAGAUGAAGAGAGCGAGAGAGAGCGAGAGAGAGCGAGAGCGAGAGCGAGAGAGAGAGAGAGAGAGAGAGAUAGAUGUUACGGUUUUACGUCUAAAGACAAAUUUUUAUUAGUACCUUGAAAGAAAAGAAAUUACCGGGGUCCUCGAAUUAUAACUAUUGUUAUAUACAUAUACAUAUACAUAUACAUAUAUAUAUAUAUAUAUAUAUAUAUAUAUAUAUAUACCUUUAAAUGAUAGAUCUCCGAGAGAAAUUCGUAUCGUAACCCUUUGUUUCUUUUUUCGAUUAGACGCAUAGACGAAUUAUGCGCGUGCGAAUGGCGUUGAGUGGAUGUGGUAUAAGGAUAUUUAUACGAAUCGUGCGAAACGAAAGGAACAUGUGUAGCACGAUGAGCAAGAAGACGCGACUUGUGAGGGUCACCUAUACUACUACUCUAUGUCCUUUCGUAGAAUUAUCGGGAAUUUUGGAAUUGGGAGAUACUCAUGGUUUAUGUUUUGAAAAUACAUUAUCUCGUUAUAAAGUGUUAGAGAAUGAAGAAAUGGCUGAGACUUUAAGCAGCGCGAUCGCAGUUAUAUUUUAAUAGGGUUUGUAGAGAAUAUCGAAUGAUAUUUGUUGGACACGAAAAUAAAGGGGAUCGUCGUGUGGCCUUCGCAGAAAUCGUUAGGAUGAUGUAAUAAAAUGGGAUCCCAAGAAGAAUAAGAGGAGCGUUAACUUUUGCGGAUAGAAAAAGGAUAGAAUAGCGAACGUUUAACAAACUUUUUCAUGGAAAUCGAAAAGCUCGAAUUCACAGAGAUAGGUAGAAAUCUAGAGCGAUGCGGAGAUAUAUAGGCGGAAAUAAAAAGGGGAUAAUGAGUUAUGCCGUUGUCCUCGUUAACACUUUUUGGUUAAGAGGCACGAUGAACGAAAUAUAAACGACAUGUAAUAGCCGAUGUCACUCCGUGUAAGGACGAAAUACAGUCAUUUUUUACUACUAGAAUUGUAACGAAGCUGCGUCAACAAACUCGUUUAGCUCGUUUCGGACGUCGAUCUUUUUGUUUAGACGAAACUUUUUCUAUCUUUACUUAAUCAAUGUUUCACCACAAAAACAGGAGUAUCGUUUUUUCUCCUAAGUGAUAUCUAUCUAUUUCCAUAGUUGGUCCAUUGUAAUCGCUUAUCCAGCCACUUCCUUUAAAUAAACGACUGAUUGGCGUUAUUAUCGUUUCAUCAUCCCUAAUUAUAUAACGCAAAGGUAAGAAUCGCGUUAAAAGUGCAUUGCUCGUUUAUGAACGAUUCAUUCAUUAUCGAACGGUAAGAGAUUUCUUUUAUAGCACGUCACGACAGGAUUAAUAUAUACCCAAAGGUCUAGUUCUUCUUCGAUUUCGAUUAGCGUAUCCCUUCAAUGAUGAAUUUCUCUAAGAACAAUUAUAUUUUACAUUGUUUCCUUUUCUAGCGAUGACAUAAGAUCUGUUUUAUACGGAACACUGAGAUAGAUCAAUCGAACGAGAAAACAAAUAGUAUAAUUCUAACGUAACUUUUUUGCAUCCUGGGGAACGAUAAUUAUCAGCUACGAGGAAAGGCUAAUUCCCCAGAGAUGCCUCACACUGUUCGUUAUUUUCUGAUUUGCAGCAAACACAUUUGAUACUCUCAGCCUCUGAGACUAUUGUAGAAUCUUCAAUAAACGUUCAUCCCGAUGAAGAAAUUUGUUAAUUGUAUGCUAACUAAAAACCUAAAUAAACCGCCAAACCCUGUGCAAUAAAUUAAACAAAAACAAAAAAUUGUUGCUAAUAAAUCUUCAUUUGAAACGAUA